UCCAGACUCUGACUGCAUGUUUAUGUGGGCGCCAUUGAACUGAACAGGGUGGAUUUAUACAUUACAUUUCUCAUAAAUAACAAUAAUACUUUACAGUUUGCCUUUCUGCCUGUUUUUAUUAAGUGUGGGAGUGUUUUUUACUCUAAGGCACAUUAUGCGUUCCAAAAAACAGUUUUUUUAUUUGCCGGUUGGUGUUCUCAGUCUGUUGCUGCUUGCUGAAUGUAACCGUGAAAUCAGGCUGGGCGGUAAAGGGUUGUCGCGAUGCUCCGGCAGACUGGAGGUCUUCCACGCUGGCACUUGGGGGUCUGUGUGCGACGACCUCUGGAGCCAUACAAACACUGACGUGGUGUGCCAAGAGCUAGGGUGUGGCUCCGCCUUGGCGUCCAAAAAGAGUGCCUAUUUUGGAGAGGGAACUGGCCAGGUCUGGAUGGAUGAUGUGGAGUGCACCGGGAAGGAGGUGUCCAUCCUCAAGUGCUCCCAUAGGAUCUUUGGGGAGAACAACUGUGGUCACAGUGAAGAUGUUGGUGUGGUUUGCUCAGAACACGUGAAAGUUAGCAAAGGAAGCAAUCGGUGUAACGGCCAACUGGAAAUCUACGUGGACAGCCACUGGAGAAAGGUGUGCAGCACGGACUGGGGCCAGGAAGAAGCCGAGGUGAUCUGUCGGGAGAUCCGCUGCGGAAAGCCUCUCCCUUCUAAAGAAAUUCCGGAUUUUGGAAUAGUGCAUGAAGCCUCUGGGAUCCAAACCAAAUGCUUGGGGAACGAGAGCUCCAUCGCUGAGUGCUCGCAUCAACCGCUGCAGAAGGACUGCACAGUCGCCAGUGUGCAUUGCUCCAACGCCCUACCCCUUCGAUUGGUCAAUGGGACCAACCGGUGCUCCGGCCGAGUGGAGCUCUUCUACGAGGACCAAUGGGGGACGGUGUGUGAUGACAACUGGGGGAUGCAGGAGGCAGCUGUCACAUGCCGUGAGAUGAAGUGCGGCGCUCCGCUGGUCGCCACGGAAAACGCCUUAUUUGGUGUCGGCAACGAUCAGAUGUGGCUGGACGACUUGGAGUGUACUGGAAAAGAGGAGUUCCUGGUUAACUGCCCGCACAAAGGAUUUGGGCAGCAUGACUGCAACCACAAUGAGGACGCCGGUGUGAUAUGUUCAGAAACACUCAGAUUGACCAACGGAACCACGCACUGCUCAGGCCGACUGGAGGUCUUUCACCACGGCAACUGGGGAAAAAUGUGCAAUCACAACUGGGGCGCGAAAGAGGCCACAAUGGUGUGCACGGAACUCAACUGCGGAACUCUUUCCAAAACCACCGAAUAUUUUGGCGAAAGUGAUCUCAGAGCAUUCAGGGGGGCCUGUCCAAGAGAUGCCACCUCCUUCUCCCAGUGUUCCAUUGAGGAAACCUCCGACGUGUGCAGAGGGGUGUCAUUUUCAUGCGCAGGUAGUCCAUCCCUAAAGCUCGUCAACGGCACAGACCGAUGCUCUGGCAGGGUGGAGGUCUACCACAACAGCCAGUGGGGGACGGUGUGUGACGAUUUCUGGGACAUAAAGGACGCGCAGGUGGUGUGCCGUGCCAUGGACUGCGGGACAGCCAUGAUGGCCAAACCCGGUGGCUUCUUCGGCGAAGGCAAAGGAGAGAUCUGGCUGGAUGACAUGGAAUGUGUGGGAACGAAUCGUCCCUUGCCCACUGCACGCAUUCCACAUUUGGAGAUAAUAACUGUGGUCAUAGCGAAGACGCCGGUGUGGUGUGUUUCAGCCACCAUCCGACUGAUAAACGGCACCGACCAGUGUUCGGGGCGGGUGGAGGUGUCCCACAGUGAAGCCAACUUCGCAUCAUUCGGCAGCAGCGGCGACUCGCGGGGAUACAAGGUCAGCUGCGGUGGCAGGGAGCGUUCUCUCACGCAGUGCACACUGACGGAAUAUGUCCGAAGCAGCCACGAUCUCUUCGAGGAGGUCUCUGUCGUUUGCUCAGUGGAGUUCUACGAAAAAGGCCAGUGGGGCAACGUGUGUGGUGAACUGUGGGACGUCCAGGACGCGCAGGUGGUGUGCAAACAGCUGGACUGCGGCAGAGCUCACCAAAUUACCACCAUGGCGGAGUACGGCCGGGGCUCGGGACAUACCUGA